AUGAAACCAGAAACUUUAGUUAUGAAAAUAAUAGAAGUAUGGAAACGAAUUCGCCGACUAAUAACUUACAACGGUAAAAAAGUGCAUAUAACCCAAAAGAUUAUCGAUAAAUACAAACAUUACAAAGUCAGAGACGAUAUAGACUUGGAAAGAAUUGAUGAGAAUUUAACUAAAAAAGGUGGAUUUUUACCUAUCUUACCUUUAAUCUUUGCUGGUUUAGCUGCAGCCGGUGCAACUGCUGGUGGAGCUGCUGGGAUAGCCAAAGCUGUCAACGAUAAGAAAGCUGAAGCCGCUGCAAACGCCGAAGCACGUAGACACAAUUUGGCAAUGGAAAGAGAAGCACGAGGAGGUUCGGGAGUAGGAGAUAUAUUAGGGACGGUUAAAGAAUUCGGACAAAGAUUUGGCGAAGAAACAAGAAAACCUUUAAAGAAGGAUUAA